AACAAACUUUUAUUUAAGUCUGGGAAUCGGAGGACAACACACUGAAUAUAUCAGAAGAGUGAAUUUGGAACCGGCGGACGACUUGUAUCACGAAUUCUUGAAACAGGACAAAUCUUGACAGUCUCAAUUUCAACAUAACUUUGGGCUUGAACAGCUGAUGACUGUUCGGUCAACAGUGCCAACUUCUCCAGCUCCCUUUGUGAGUAUUAACAUUGACUUUAGUGAGACAUCGUUGAAAAGAGUGUUUAUUUCAAUACCGUGUUUCAUAACAAGUGAUACAAUCCAAGGUUGGAGCUGCAAUUAUUUGAGUUUUGAGAAUUCAUUUUCAAUAUGAUUUUAAUCAAAUUCACUACACUGAUCACAUUGCUACUUCUUCCUGUAAAGGGCGAUGACUCUAACCGAAUAUGUGCCAGCGAUGUUGUAAUAGAACGAAACAUGUUGGCGAUGAACCUAACUAUUGCAGAUCAAAAAACGGAGAUAUGUGCACUCAAAGCCCGUCUCGAACGUCUAGAGCGGCUACAUGACGUGACGACUUUACCGGAAGUAAAUAUGAGUACCACUACUGAGAUGUGGGGUGUUUUUAACAAAGAUUAUUUUCGGACAAUUGCAUUGAGUAAAGAUGAAUUAGAUACUAUCAAACUCUCAAAGAAGCUUUGUGAAGAGGGAUGGGUGCACUUCCAGAGGCAGUGUUAUUACUUCAGUAAACGUAAACGGUCUUGGGACAACGCAAAUACUUCAUGCGAGGACAUGGGUGGACAUCUGGCCACAGUCGAUAGCAAAGAAAUCAAUAUUUUCAUUCGCAACUAUAGAAGCCGAUUUGUUCGUUUUUGGAUUGGCGGAAGAUCUAACGACACAAACUGGCAAUGGGCCGGAACCGGAAGUGCUCUAGAAUACACAGCCUGGUGUCCGGAACAGCCGGACGGAAAGGGUGUCCUAUGCUUAUCGUUCUUAAAACUUGUGCCACCAGUAUGUUUUUGGACUGACCGGAAGUGUAGAUACCGCGAGGCGUACAUAUGUCAGCGUCCGGUUAAAGCUCUUUAAAUUUAGUGGAACCGGAAAUUUGUGAUGCAUAAAUCUGCAAGCAUGAUUUUGCACACAUAAUGACGAUGGGAACUUGACAUGAUUACACUACUGAGCGUUUGUUACUGGUGAUCCAGAUAACAAUUCUCUCCAGCUAAGUAUAUCCGCGGACUGUUAAAGCUAACAUAGGUUGCGGUGACAUAAUUCUUUAAUCAUGAUGCGAUAGUCGUUUACAUUUCUGGAUGUUAUAAAUUGUGCGUCUGAUAUCGUUUAUGUCACUAUGGUAACCAAAUUGAAUCCAGAAGAAAAGAUUCAGUGCAUAAUCAA